AAAAUAGAAGAGAGAAGGAAAACACGAGCGCGGCCUCAUCGGUUGGCACUCUGUCGCUGGCCAGAGUGCUGUCGUUGAACGUGAAGGCAAGUAGAGAGACUGCGCUACUGCAGCUUGUAGUGAUGAUCAAAACGAGUUGUUGUUUUUCGUGUCCAAUGCGAGCAAGAAGCUGUGAUUCGCGUUGAAGACAACGGAUUAUUCAACAGUGAUUAUCAACGCUGCUAACUGCUACUACUACGGAUGCAUAUGGAGUUGUUGGCUAAUAUUCCAAGUGCAAUCAUUGGAACAAUAAGAAAAAACAAUUUUGAAACAGAACAACAAACAUAUAUUGUGAAGCAUAAAUGUUUCAUAUACUAUUGGAUAAUUGAUUCACCACGAGGUACCCUUGGCUCAUUUUUAUUUUCACAUUUGUCAGAAAUCGAUGGGGUACAAUGGGUGGCCUUGAGCCAUCACUCAACGUAAAAAGAUAAGUGGAAAAGGUGAAAAAGGUUAUUUUUAUCGAUAAGCAAAACUAUUUCGUUUUAUGUUAUAUUGAAAUAGAAUAUAUAUAUAUAGGAAAGUAUAAACUCAACGUCUUCAUAUUUUUUCCUAGAGCUCUUCAUUCUUUCAUCAUCAUUACUUGUUCAACUUUCAUUGUAUAAAAUGUCGAAAAAUUUUGUAUCAUCAACUCACAAAGAAGCAUUAACUUGAAGUGUCCCCGAACCGGCGCUGCCUGAACCAGCUUAACAGCUGAUCGGAGUACGAGGCGGCGGUGAACGGGGCCACAAUUGCACCACCACCCCGCGUUGGAAAAACUUGAAAAAUUCGUUGACCACAAUAUUGAUCGAUGGUGGAUCAAUAGGAAAUUGGAAGGAAUUAAUCAAUUAAAAUAAAUACAUUUUAAUAUAAAUACAAAUAAUAAAAUUCGCGAAUUUAAUAUCUUCAAUCGAGAGAGCACUCAGAGACAACAGUUAACUUGAUUACAAUUUGAUUAAACAUGGUCAAAACUUUUCAAGCUUAUCUGCCCUCCUGCCAUCGCACUUACUCGUGCAUACACUGCCGUGCUCAUCUCGCAAAUCAUGACGAACUCAUUUCUAAGUCCUUCCAAGGCAGCCAAGGUCGUGCCUACCUCUUCAAUUCCGUGGUUAACGUAGGGUGCGGGCCGGCCGAAGAGCGAGUUCUGUUAACUGGCCUUCAUGCCGUUGCUGAUAUUUAUUGCGAAUGCUGUAAAACGACUCUUGGUUGGAAAUAUGAGCAUGCGUUUGAGUCAAGUCAAAAAUAUAAGGAAGGUAAAUUUAUAAUUGAAUUAGCCCACAUGAUUAAAGAAAAUGGAUGGGAAUGAACCUUGGGACAGGGGGGUAAUGACAUACCGCCCCUGGUUACUAAAGUCCCAUCAACAAAAACUUCAAAUAAGGAAAAAAAUUUAAAACAAACAUAACAAUGCCUACAAUGUUGUUCUAAUAUUCAAAUGUGCGGCGUCCUAUUUUCAAACAACAGCCCUCCUUUGACAAACCACCAACGAAAGUCUGUGAUUUCAUUUGUGAUUUGUAAUCUUAGUAAUGUUUUUCCGUUCUGGACAAUUCAUUA